GCACCAUUCGACUCGUGUUAUGGUCGGAGUUUUCAACAAAACGCACAGAGAGAAUUAUUCACAACAUACUAAAAAAACCAACCAUAUAAUAAGUUCAUGAUUUAGGAAUUAUGGAACAUUGCUUGUUAUUCUGUAAGCCUUCCUGAUCACGGAUGGCUUUGUGGGACCGAGACAGGACGAGAUAAUAAUUUCGAGGUGCUUUUAUUUCACUAGCCCGUUGAAUGACUAUCGUUCGAUUGUGUUUGUUAGUUUAUGGCAUAAAUUUGUUGACUCCUCACCUACGAGUACUCGAAAGAUAUUCUAAGAUGGGUAGAUUACUCUGAAGAGCUAGUUCCAGCUGAGCCGAAAGCUUUGCGCGGUUGUAUCGAUUAAAAUGGCAGAUAACGAAAAUGUGAAUGGCGAAUGUGUCUCUGGCGAGGAAGAAAGCUCCGAUGGCAGUUACGAAUCUGGAGAAGAUUUCGAACAAGAAAUGGAUUUUGAAGGUGACGAUGAAAACGAGGAAGACACAGUCGAGGAUAUGUUGGAGGGGAAUGAGAGCACUGAUCGCAUCGGGAAGGGAAAAGGACCAGCAAAGGUGAGAGGGGGGCGAAGACAAGGAAAGAGGAAACGAAAAAAAAUAGACCCUACAAAGAGGAGGCAUAUAAGAAGGAUCCUGGAAGAAAGUGAACUUGAUAAGGAAACUCUAAAUGCGCAAAUGGAAGAAAAGGAAAGACUAAGGAGAUUAGAACUUCAAAAAAGUUUAGCAGCAGAAUCAUCUGUUGCGCCUAAGAUUGCAAUCAAUCAGACUAAAAAUGAAGAGAACUCUUCAAAUAGAACAAGAACACCAUCACCUGUUGUUGUUGAUUUACGGCAGAAAAACAAAAAGAAGUCCCAGGUCAUUGUAAUCGACAGUGAUGACAAUGACGAUGUCACUUGCAGUAAUACUAGUCCUAGCCAGGUUCAGGUUAUAACAUCUGGGUCAGACUCAGAUACGGAUGUGUGGGACAGUGAGUAUUACUCUGACAAUGAGGUAAUAGAUGAGACGAACACUGGAGUUCACUCAGAAGAUGCUUACAAUGUCCCGGAUGAGCAGGGUAGAGUCCUUGUGAACACAAACCAUCCCGUGACAGAGGAGGAUAUAUUUCUCGCACCACAGAUAGCAAGCGCAGUAAAGCCUCACCAGAUUGGUGGCAUCAGAUUUCUUUAUGACAACCUUAUUGAGACCCUUGCCCGCUGCAACAUCAGUGCAGGAUUUGGGUGCAUUCUUGCUCACUGUAUGGGUCUAGGGAAGACAUUGCAAGUUGUGGCAUUUGUAGAUAUCUUUCUCCGCCAUACGACAGCCAAGAAAGUUCUUUGCAUAGUUCCUAUUAACACCAUCCAAAAUUGGCUCAGCGAAUUUAAUAGUUGGCUGCCAGGUAAGCCUUCUGAAGAAAUGAGUGAAAAUGGGGAGCCCAUUAGAGAUUAUAAUGUCAGAUAUCGAGAGUUCAAGGUCUUCCUUCUUGGUGACAAUCAAAAAUCUACAGUGGCAAGGGCAAAAGUUAUAGGUGAGUGGAAUGAGUCUGGUGGGGUGCUGUUAAUCGGUUAUGAACUGUAUCGCAUUCUCGCCUUAUCAACGCCCUGCAUGGCAAGCAAUAAAUGUGCCCCGCCCAAGAAGAAGAAGAAAGAGCAGUCAAACUCUAGUCAGGAACCAGAGAUAAUAGACUUGGAGGAAGAAGAGAAGAACAUGGAUUUCUUGAUUGGUAUUCAAAAGGCUUUGUGCAAACCUGGUCCAGACCUUGUUAUUUGUGAUGAAGGACACCGAAUCAAGAACAACCAAGCAAACAUUUCACAUGCUUUAAAGAAGAUCAAGACAAGACGGCGAGUUGUGCUGACUGGCUACCCACUACAGAAUAACCUGGUCGAGUACUGGUGUAUGGUGGAUUUUGUCAGACCAAACUUCCUGGGCAAUCGGCACGAGUUCUCAAACAUGUUUGAGAGGCCCAUUAUGAAUGGCCAAUGUUGUGACAGUACACCGGCAGAUAUGAAGUUGAUGAGGUUCCGGGCUCAUGUUCUUCAUAGCUUGUUGGAGGGAUUUGUUCAAAGGAGAAGCCAGUCAGUUCUCAUGAAAGCACUACCGCCAAAAAAUGAGCAUGUGAUUCUAGUCAACAUGUCAUCCAUUCAGUCUCAGCUGUACAAAGCCUAUAUUGACUACCUGCUCAAGUCUGUUGGUCACCUUAACCCCAUAAAAGGGUUUCACACCUGCAUGAAGAUUUGGAAUCAUCCAGACAUUUUUUUCUCAACACUAGAGGGAAAAACAGAUUCACAAAGAAAUGAUUCCCCACUGACACUGCCUGACCAAGAGGACAGUAAUUCAGGACUUGCUUCAUCUCUUCCAUCAUCUUCACAGUCUGUGGAUCAGACUCCAAUUUUCUCUAAUCUAGACUGGGCAAAGCAAAUUAUGAGGAAUUACAAGCCCUUUAUUGCUGAACAAGGAGGCAAAAUGGUUCUAUUGUUUGAAAUUAUCGAAGAGAGUUUGAAGCUUGGAGAAAAGAUAUUGAUUUUCAGCCAAAGCCUGUCAACAUUAUCCAUCAUUGAGGAGUUCCUAAAUAGCCGAGUGGUUCCAUUUUUCCCUGGGCGACAGUCAGAUCCAUCCACCAAAUGGGCCAGGAACAAAAGCUAUUUUAGGCUAGAUGGCAGCACCUCAGCUCAGGAAAGGGAGAGGCUCAUCAACGCAUUCAAUGACAAUAGUAGUAAUGAAGUUCUCUUAUUCAUGUUAUCAACAAGAGCUGGCUGCCUUGGGGUAAAUCUGGUUGGCGCUAGCCGUGUGGUGGUGUUUGACUCUUCCUGGAAUCCCUGCCAUGAUGUCCAGGCUGUUUGCAGGGUUUACCGAUAUGGUCAGGUCAGGCCAUGUCACAUCUACCGUCUGAUAGCGACGGGGACAAUGGAGAAAAAGAUCUAUGAUCGUCAGGUCUCCAAGCAAGGUGUUGCAAAUCGUGUUGUGGAUGAACUUAACCCUGAAGCAAACUUUACCAAGCAAGAAAUCAUGUCUCUCAUCUGUGAAGAGGAGCCACUGGUCCCUAGCCAGGAUGUGUCUGUAGCUGCGGCGGACUUCCAAGACCCUAUUCUGAAAAGAGUUUGUACAAACUGCUCUGAAUGGAUAGCAAAGGUGCCAUUCAAGCACGAGUCGCUGCUUGUGGACAAGAAAGAACUCAAGCUCACCAAGGAGGAGAAACGAGAAGCAAAGAAAGGCUAUGAGAUGGAAAAGCGAAUGGCGCACCAGGGUGCAAGAUACUGUUUAGCGUCUCAAGCACAGACUGGAGUGAGGAUUCCUCAAGCCACUGUGAGCGGCGUCAAGAGACCUAUCGUAACAGUCAACCCUGUCCAGGCAUCGCAGACCAGACCAACGGUCGUCCCCUCCACCCUCUUCCAAGGCCAGCUUUCUGGCAACAUGCCAUGGGCUAUCCAGUACGCCACGCUUAACCCGCAAAUGACGGCCAACCCGAUAACCGUCGGUCCAAAUGUCCCAUACGCCGUGAUUCCGAACCCCGGGGUACCCCUCGGUAACAAUUUCUCAUCCGUGAUGCCUUCAACCAUGAGUCCCAGUCUCCCGUUUUUUGUAGCUCCCCUAGCCGCCAACCAGAUGCCCUACCCGGCCCUCCCUCACCUGGCCGGCCCUGGUAACGCCCUACCACUAGGCCAGGAAGGGAUGGUGGGUCCUCGGCCUCUAAACCUGCCGAUGCCGGCCAUCAACCAGGGGUCUGUCGCUAUGACCAGUCUGACUAACUCGCUGUCGGUGAUGCCGUCCGUGGCAGGUCCAGGAAGGGAGUCCAGGAAGGAGGUGGUGACAAUUGAUCUGGACGACCUGCCCUCGCCGACGCUAGACAAGACGAAAGAGAGUCAGCCAUCUCCCAGUCCCCAGGGGGAUAGAUCUUCCUCGACAAGUACGGAGGAAGUCGUGACGGAGCUGGAAGUGGCCGAAGCACCGCGCACUGGAGCGCCACCGUCAAAUGAGGUCCAUAGCUACUUAACAAACCACAGUGGUGCAAUGGGCGCUGGGCCCUCUGUAACCUCGGCUAGCCCAGCUCUGACACUGGCGGUGUUGCAGAAUUUACUGAAUGCCCGUGGAGGGCUUGCUGCAGAUGCCCCGGUACGCCCGGUAUCCGAGGGCGAGGCGGAGAGUGCACCCCUGGGUGAUCGGGUAUCGCAAGCGGAGGAACCAGAUGAAGCCAUCAUGUGAACGGCGCGACAAGGCUGAGACGCCGAUAAAGGGGGCGAGCAGCGAGGAAGAGUCACACCCAACAUCAAGUGAAAGGGACGCCUGAUGCUUGGAUCCACGAUUAUGAUUGGCCGAUACCAUCCACGACUUGAUGCUUUCAGAUCAAUAUCGCCACUUUGCACAGAAAGCUGUAUGUCCACAUACCUAGCAUGUCUCAUAUCAAGUGAUUUGCACGUGACUCAGAGAUAAUCAUAGAUCUGUUCUGAUACCUUGCACGUGACAAAUCAUGUGGUUUGCACGUGACUCAGUGGUAUGUAAAAACUAAUAGAUCUGUUCUCACGAUCAAUACACAUAUCAUAUGAUUCGCACGUGAAACCUUAUAAGGGAUAAUAAUAGAUCUCAGUAGGUGUCAAUAAUUCAAAAUUCUGACCUCGGGUUUUUAGCUCCACAAGAGAAACACCAAUCUACUAUUGGAGGAAGCUAGGAACUUUAUUAAAUAUUUCUUCUGUUUACCCAUUUCAGAUAAAAACUGAGAAUAGCUUGUGAAAUAUAUCUUCCUUCCUAAAUCCCCAUCCUUGAUACAUAAAUCUUACAUUACUCAUAUAUUCUUUUUAAGAAGAAUUAAAACAGGCUUUUUACUAGCGAGAGAAGUGGAGACGUUAGAGCUUAGGAGAGUGUAAAAAAAACCCCACAAACAUGAAGUAAAGCGUGUAAAUGUACAAUAUGCCAUUUGAUUCCUUCUAAACACAACAUUAAGCAUUUUACCUCUCUGCUGCUGCUAUAGGCAAUAGGUAGGACUUUUAUAGUGAUUCAUGAUUUUCCAUAUAGCCUCUUUGAUGCGAAAGGCGAUAAGCGAUAGCGGAAGCCGUACGAACACCUGUGUAUGGGCGUAUGUCGAUGUGGACGUCUCGCCCGAGGGGAGAGAGAGAUAGUAUUAUCGCAAUUGACAAAUUGCCUUGUGUCGUCCGCGACGGGCGCACCACUACUUCUCAUACGUAUAACACCUCGCGUAAAGAUCAUAAUAUAGUAUUCAGUAUUAUACUUUUAAAAUAAUACAAAUGUAUAUUUACCUCAUUGGUAUAGAGUUAAAAAAUCAUCGCAAUAAAAUCUUGUGAUAUUUUAUUUGUCCGUUUUUUAAUCAUAAAUUUCAUUUAUCAAAAAAGUUAUAUCCAUUAUUCCUUUUACUACAAAAAUGGUAUAAUUAAAAGAGACCUGUAAAUUAUUAGACUGCGCGAAUUCUAGAAAGAGCUCCUGUAAAAUAUGGAAGGCGAGGCUAGGGGUGUACGAUGUCACGGUAAUCUAUUAUUGUUUGGGGUUCUGUGUUCGCUUGUGUCAUUAAUUCAUCUCAGAUAUUGUUAGUUUCUGUGACUUUAUGGAACACUUCGUGCAAUUGUGUGAUUCUAAAAACCCCCUGUUUUUUUUCCCCAAGCAAACACUGCAUUUUGGGAGAAAUUCCUGGAGGUGGCGUGGCCCGGAAGAGAGAAAAACGAAUGCCGUCAUAAACACCUCGACUAGUUUCUUCAAAAUAGAAGAAACAGGCCCGUAGCCAGGAUUUUGUGCGGGGUAGUUCCUUUUUCCAUUUGAGCGGACCAAAUUUCCGGUAUACCCCUCUCCUCGCCUUAUUACUUUAGGCAAUCAAAACUUCAAAUAAAUUCAAUCUUGUAUUUAAACUGUUAUUAAUAGGGUGAUUUUUAACAUAUAACAAUAAUAAUAAAGAUAAUUAUUUUAAAAA